UAGCGGCUGAGAGGAGAGGCCGGUGGCUGCAGUGGCCGGCGGCAGCUCCGGCGGGCGGCCAUGGCGGAGGCCGGCGGCGACGACACCCGCUGCGUGCGGCUGAACGCCGAGCGGGCCCAAGCGCUGUUGGCCGACGUGGACACGCUGCUGUUCGACUGUGACGGCGUGCUGUGGCGCGGUGAAACAGCGGUGCCCGGCGCGCCUGAGGCUGUGAGGGCGCUGAGGGCCCGGGGCAAGCGUCUGGGCUUCAUUACCAACAACAGCAGCAAGACGCGCGCUGCCUACGCCGAGAAGCUACGGCGUCUGGGCUUCGGUGGCCCCGCGGGGCCCGGGGCAGGCCCGGAGGUCUUCGGCACGGCCUACUGCGCCGCACUCUACCUGCGCCAGCGGCUGGCCGGCGCGUCGGCCCCCAAAGCCUAUGUGCUAGGCAGCCCGGCCCUGGCCGCAGAGCUGCAGGCCGUGGGUGUUGCCAGCGUGGGCGUGGGGCCUGAGCCGCUGCGGGGUGACGCCGCUGCCGACUGGCUGGCCGCGCCGCUCGACCCCGAGGUGCGUGCAGUGGUGGUGGGCUUCGACCCGCACUUCAGCUACAUGAAGCUCACCCAGGCCGUGCGCUACCUACAGCAGCCCGGCUGCCUGCUCGUGGGCACCAACAUGGAUAACCGGCUCCCGCUGGAGAACGGCCGCUUCCUCGCGGGUACCGGCUGUCUGGUGCGCGCGGUGGAGAUGGCCGCCCAGCGCCAGGCCGACAUCAUCGGGAAGCCCAGCCGCUUCAUCUUCGACUGCGUGUCCCAGGAAUAUGGCAUCAACCCAGAGCGCACUGUCAUGGUCGGGGACCGCCUGGACACCGACAUCCUCCUUGGCGUCACCUGCGGCCUGAAGACCAUCCUAACUCUCACGGGAGUCUCCACAUUGGGGGACGUGAAGAGUAAUCAGGAAAGUGACUGCAUGUCUAAGAAGAAAAUGGUCCCCGACUUCUAUGUUGACAGCAUAGCCGAUCUCUUGCCUGCCCUUCAAGGUUAAAGAUUUAGUGUCUUUAAUCUCCAGAAUAAAAAGUAAUUGAAAACGUUAGCCAAAUUAAUAGGUGGGGCUUAGGCAUUGGCUCAGUGAGGUAGCUGGAGAGUGUAAUUGGAGUUAAAGCAGAGGCAGUAGUUGUUAGCCUUGUAAGUAAAUGUUUUGGGGACGAUGCUGUUUACAGAUGCUUAUAUUUUAAUUUAAGAUGCACUUUUUAAGCUUAGAGGGCAUCGUAGGGGUGGGUCCUGGGCUUUGGAUGUGUUGGCUAGAGCAGGCUUGGCACCUGUUCAGGAUUCAGGUAACCUCAGGCCUUGCUGAGACUGAGGCAGGUCUAAAUACAUGUGUCAUGUAUUUAAAAGUUUUGUUCAGGGAUCAACCCCCCUUGGGCAGAAAGAAGGGCCUGAUUAUUGUGACUGUUAUGAGACCCUUGUGCAGAAAGAAGGAGAACACCCUACCCCACCCCCCACCCCCAUAGUAAUGGAGCAGAGCUGACUGCUGCUGUGUCCCAGCUCCUCAUCUGCAGGGUGAGAGGCGGCCACUCCCAAGUGGUGUCACCCUGUCCUUGGGUGUAGGGUGCUGCCCUUGCCAUCCCUCCGAUUUCCUUUGAAAACCACUUUGAUGUCACAAUUGUCUGUUCGUUUCAGAUGCCCAGGGGUGCAGCUUCUCAUACACAGCUGCCCUGUUCUAUAAACUGAGCCCAGCUAGACUUUGGCUGUCUCAAGUGUACAUUUAAAUCCAGGUGACUCAGGCGGGUGUGGACACCUUCACUGAAUUCUGGGCUGCUGUGCAGGGAGCUCAGAGCAGUGUCAGUACCAAAAAAAAAAUGUAACUUGUGAACAACUUUGUCAAGUGAUGGAACUGAAUCUUAAGUAUGUGGAUUAAUAGCUGUGCUCUGUCUCAUAGGAAAAAUCACUCUGAAGAAGUCUCCAUGCCCCAUAGCCAGCAACAUGGCUAAAGGCAUGUGUUGGCCAAGGACUGCCUGUCACCCUGGGUGCCCUCUGGGUGGGGGAGGAAAGAGGUGUCCCAGAUAACAGGAAGUUGUUUUACAAAGUAUUCAGUCUCUCCCUGCCUGCCUGUACCCUGGAUCAUGGUUGGCGUUUGAUGUCAGUGGGGGUUAGAUGUGAGGCCACCUAUCUUGGCCUGUAUUCCUUGGAUGGUAGCUAGUGGGAGGACUGGCAGGCCCACCAGCCAACCAGAGUUUCUCUGCAAGGGCUCUGGGCUUUUUUGCCUUUUCCUAGGGCUGCUGAAAUUUAGCUUGCUGAGCAACUUGGCAUCACUCACAGGGCAGACCCUGGGAGGCUGUUCCUUUUGGCUGACUCCUUCCUGGUGCCUCACCCUGUAUCCAGUGGCUUCUGCUAGCCCUGUGAUCACAGUGCUUUCACCUGUUCACUGAGUUCUCAGCAAUAAAGGGUAUCUUAUGCCUGAAGUUGCUCCCAGCUGGGUUGGCUGGAAUUAAGAUGGUGCCACAUGGCAACAGGAGGGCACCCAUGCCUGUGAGGUUGGUGGUGCUGACGUUGGCUCUGCGAGGUCAGCUCAAGGUGGGUCUGGAUAUUGAGCAGGCCUGUCAGGGCGUUGUCACCCACACCAGGAGCACACAGGUGCAGCAGCCAGCAAUGCCUCCCUCUUCAGCCAGCUUGAGAGCCUGUGUGAACCCCAUUUCUGAUCCCUUGCACUGUUUGACCUCACCUGCACAUUAAACUCUCAAACCUGCA